CAGAUUUAUAAGUUUUCACUGCCUUUUUAAUAAUUCGUUCUCCCGCCUAUUCUCUUCCCUCACCCUCUGCUGCUUUGUUUCAUUUGUAGAACGAAACUAUUACAGAAACCGAAAAUGGAAAAGAACGAGUCGUUUCCAGGUUCCAGGCAAAUGAAUUUGAAGAAAUCAUUCAAUCUCGGAUUGCGCUCCUUAUUGAAUGCCUGCUCCGAUGAGGAAUUUCGCGAGGCAUUCCCGGGAUUUACUGCACCCGAGCGGGAGCGGCUCCAUGGACUCUUUCUUCAGGUGAUUUCUUCUCUGCAUGACAAUAUUCAGGAAGAAUUUGAGUCCAUAUUACUCCAGACGCAGGCAGGGACAGUCCUGGACACUGUAGAAGAGCUAGUGGAAGAACAUAAUUUGGAUCCUCUAAUCUCAGAGAAGAGUAAUGUAGGAGAGACGGCUCAAAUUUUGUCGGAAGCAAAGAAAAAUGAAAUAAAAGAUCUGACGGGUCUCUUGGAAAAGGCAGAGGAACAGAAGCGUAAACUUGAAGCCCGUUAUGAACUCCUCAAGAAAGAAAAGCAAGACUUCUCUGGAGCUGCUAACCUUGUCGAUGAGUUAAGGACCAGAAUAUCGAACUACAAUAAUGACCACCAUACUGAGCUUGCUGAUAUCUGACGCCAAUCAGCAUUGUCUAGAAAAGCGUAAUGUAUACUACUUAAAACUUAAGCUUCUUAACAUAAACUUCAUAGCUUGACCAGUUGACCUUUAUCAGUUUGCUUUCACUUUAGUUGCUAUUUGUGUUGAGUGUUUAUGUACUUUUCUUCUGUAAAGUCUCCUGAAUCUGUUAUAUCGUACUUUGACCCUUUUAUAUUGGCUUCUCUUUGUGAUUGAUGUAGGUAUUACUAACUUCUAAAGUUUUGUUAACAGCUCAAAAGGUUUUUCCUUCCCUUUCUGUUUUUCCUGGGAGUAAACCAUCACAAUGAGAUUAUUAAUUUCUGUGAGGAGUUGAAUAGGAAACAAA